UUCUAGCCUUUAGUACUUUUCCGCGUUUCCUUCCAAAUUACAAGUCUUGAACUUCCGUCCUACGAACGGUGAUACUGAUACAGAUCUCAAACCGAAACUGGCCCAGAAUACCCCCAGAACUCAGAAGCCAGACCUCGGUACAGUUUCCAGGAUAGCUGAAAGUAAAUUGCGGAGAUAUAGAGAUAUCUUCUACAUGAUCGAAUCCAAUCGAAGCAGAUAAAUUCACGCAAAAAUGGAGGAAAAGGGCAAAGGAAACGAACGAUGGAAGGCAUCACUCAUAAAUUUGACGGAGAUGGGAGGCAAUCUAGAUUCUCUGCAGAAGCUUAUCAUGAAAAAAGCUGUUUAUGUGGACGAAGAAACAUUCGCCAAAGCUUCCCUGAGCUCCGAGCAAGCGCGAAUGAUCAAGGCACUUGAACAAAGGAUUGAGACAUUAGAAAGGGAGUUCGAUGCUGCAAUUACAGCUGCAGCUCAUGCUCGUGCAGAGAAACGACAGGCUGAGGCAGCCCAACGAGCUUCUGAGUUACAUGCACAAGAUGUUACAAGAGAGCUUGAGAACACCACAAAUGUAUUUAAGCUACACACACAGGAGUUGCGUGCAAAGCAAGAAGAGAUCUCUAGAAAAGAUGAUGAGAUUAGAGUAUUGGAGUCUAUAAUCAAGACGCUGGCUGGGAAAAAAGAUUCAUCUACUGCAAAUAGGUGAGAUCGACAUUGUGAAUGUGCUCUUUCCUGCAAUAUUGUAGAUGCAGCUUCCUGGUGUUUAUGGAAGCAUUCUUUGUUUGUAUAGCCCAUUCAAAGAAUCAUAAGACAGAAAUAGAUCUGCUUGCUAAUGAAUCAAUGGUUUACAGCUCUUGUCAAGA